ACAUUAGCACUUUGGCCCGAAAAAUAUACCACAAAAACGGUACAUCCGUGCCCAUAGAAAUCUACGUCAGCUACACGAACAAUCCGUGGGGACCGUCGGCCUUGUUGGAGACCGGCCAAUCCGGCGGUAAAAACCAAUACAGACCCAAGAGGAGUGUUUAUCAGCUGUACAAUAUGGUCGUGUGCGCCACCGGUUGCAAUCCGAUUUCUUACCUAGGAUACGGCUGUUACUGCGGAUUCCUGGGUUCUGGGUCACCGGUCGAUCCCAUAGACAACUGCUGCAAAAUGCACGAUUGGUGCUACGACAGUGCCGAUUGCCCAAUGUUCCUCGAAUACUUUACGCCGUACGUCUGGACGUGCUACAACAAAAAACCAUUGUGUU